AAAGCCCAUGUUCAGUUUGUGUUCUUUUCUUAUAAGGGCUGUACAGCUGUUAUGUUGGUCAUUGAUUUGAAUGAGAGGGCGUGGCUUGUUUGGCGGUCGCACGAGAGCGGAUUAGUUUCAAUGCGUGAUCAGCAGAGUGAAAGCAUAGGUCCUGCAGUCUUCUCUGAAAAGCAGCAAAAUUAUGCAAAUGAAGAUCUUUUCUGUAGCGACUUCACUUUGUGAACUGCAGGGAGAAUAUUUGUGAUCUCGAUUGGCAGUGGAUGAUGCUUAAUUGUCUCAGACUUCUCGUUGAAGUUUCCUUCAUGACGAUUCUGGAAUGUGCGUCAUUGAAGACCAACCACAUUUAGAGUCAUAUACAGCAACGGGAUAAAUCAAUAAAGCACAUCAUAGACUUUGCAAUCUUCAUCGCCGACGAUACAUCGUGCAUCAGGGCACCUGAGACUGCAGCUUAACGACCAGCUUCACAUCGCUAUCCUGACAUCUGAGCGCCUUAAAGAACUGCAGAGACCAACACGGACUGUUGCACUCAUUGUUUUCACUACAUAUUUGUGAAACCAGCCUCCAUCUGUAUCCUUGAAAUCCAAAUCUGUUAAAUAAUUCAGUUUAUUAUUUUGCGUAGGCCUACGCUCUUUAUAUGUAUGUUUUAUUUGCUAUUUUGUGAUCUAUUUUGAUGGUGAAUAUGUACACAGUGUAUUUGAUUAUUGAUAUUCAACAUCUUAAAGAGUAAAUUAGUACAAUUUAGUACCACUGCCUCCUCUUUCUUUCUCUCGUGGCCAUUGGACAUCAGAUGUGGUAAUCGACUCUCUGAGACGGUUGGCACCGUAGUAGUAAUUGGUGCAAUACAGUUCCUUUCAAACAUUAAAUGGUCCUUCGAGCCGGAUGUUAUAACCGUCUCAGCAAUGAUGUCCAGACCCAGAGAGAAAAUGGUAGAAGAUGAGGUAGUCAGGCCACGCAGAAUUACUCGACAACCGUUGUAUCUUCAGGACUAUGAGGUUAGUUAUCCUCAGAGACAACUUACAUUUGCAGAUGAGCAGGUUAAUGCUGUAAUAAAUGCUGAUGUUCUCUCUUGUAUUCGUGAAAUGAGAGAGGAGAGCAAGCAGCUGCGGAAAGACAUGCAACGCAUUUCAGAUAUAAUCGCUAGUUCUCCUGUAUUAGCUCAGCCACAGGUUUCAUCACCUUCGCAGUGUUCUCUUAGUGCAGAGGAUGGGGUUUCUUCUACACCAGUAGCUACUAGCAUGUUGGUCUCACGGCAGAAAGAUCAAAAUCCUAAUCAAUCUGACCAUGUUCCAUUGGUGCCCCCUAGGGAUGAGUCCCUGCACGCACGUUGUGAUAGCCAUCAAGAUCUUAUUGAAGAUCUUACUAAUCAUCUAAAGAGAGUAGGCAGGCUGAGUGGUAGCCAUUUAGAUUCAGGCCAGUCAACACCUCAGUAUACCAAACCUCCUAAUAGUGAGAAUGACUCACCGCAACAUGUUCCUGGUCAUAGUGCUAAUGUCCAGGGUUUGCAGCAUCGUCAGUCUGAUUCUCCUUAUCGCCAGUCAGAGUAUGCCAUGUCAUUGCAACCCAGUCCUCCAUUCUACCCACCUCGAGAUUUCAGUCUUUCUCCUGCAGAUGCACAUACUUCUCAUUCACAUUCAGAGUAUCGGCCCAUUAGAAAUCUUCGUGAUCCAUGCUUUGGAGACAGACUGCAGCCUUCACAGAGAACUGCCUUAUCUGAUCAUUCGAAUCCUUAUCUUCAACGGGAUCGGAGAACGGACCACUAUCGUGGCAAUGAACGGCUGUAUCCCUCUGAUCGCUCAUACCCAUUUUUGGAUCAAGAUCUUAACCGUCCUUGGCACCCACUGCCAGUGCAAUAUCGUGGGCCUACACCCACAAUCCCAGAUUUCAUUCAUGAUGAUCCACGAGAGUUCGCCAGACUUAAGCUCGCUUUAGACAAUGUUCUGCCUGAUGAUGCUUCUGAAUCUUUUAAGUUUCAGAUACUCAUGGAUCAUUUGAAAUUGGAAGAUGCUUUACUUGUUGCAGAUUCUUACAGUCACAGCCGUUGUCCUUUCAGUGACACUAUGCAAGCUCUUACCGACAUGUAUGGACAACCACAUCAGCUGGCAUUGCAGCGGAUCACCAGCUUAAUGAACGGGCCUAAUGUCAAAGUGGUGAUGUCAAAGCUUUCAAGGGAUUUGCUCUUCGUGUUCGGGCCUUAGUCGGAAUGUUGAAUCAGUUGGGUAGCCUAGGCUGGACUGAGUUGAAGUGUGGUUCUCAUGUAUCUCGCCUCUUAGCUAAGUUACCUUAUGACCUAAGAGCCAACUUUAAGAGAUUUGUUAACCCCCUUCAUACUCCCAUUCCUACUUUACUUGAUUUGGCAGAUUGGCUUGAAUAUGAGGUUCGCGUGCAAGUGGAGGGAACCCAGUACAGUACAUACCCUGAUCAUGAGAAGCAUAGUUUCCGCAAAGAGAAGAAGCCUGGAUUCAUGCCACGAAAGCUGACCACUGUUCUGCAUGGGGGAGAACAGAAGCAAGUGCCAACUGAGAAUCCUAAGACGGGGACAGCGUCCUCUGAAAAGAUACAGGAGAAGCCCAAAAGGUAUUGUCCAUUCUGUGAUACCACUCAGCAUUACAUGAAUCAGUGCUCAAACUUUAAGCUCUUGAACAAGGAGCAAGUCGAGAAUUGGAUCAAGAUGGGCAAUAGAUGCUGGAGAUGUGGCCGAAGUCAUCAGACCUCAAAGUGUACUUUGAAAGCGAAGUGUAAGAAAUGUGAUAGGAGACAUCUUGAGGUUCUUCAUGAUGUUAAUGCCAAUUCUGAGUCUAGCAGGAGAGGCAACAUCAGAGAGUCAGAAGGGAGUGCAUGCCCCAUAAGUUCCACUUCCCAGACCUUGUAUCUUGACCGCCCCACAAGCAGAAAGCAAGUGUUACUUAAACUGAGUCGGGUUGUGAUUCAGAAUGGUGACAAGUCGCUAGAGACUUUUGCGGUACUGGACGACGGAUCCGAGCGAACGAUUCUGCUGCAUGAGGCCGCUCAACGUUUAGGCCUUCAAGGUACCGUUGAAGACCUAGCACUUCGUACUGUGAGGCAUGAGGUUCACACCAUCCGUGGAAGUUCGGUGUCCUUCUCUAUAGCUCCAGCCUCACAACCUGACAAAUCAUUCCCCAUUCAUAGAGCCUUUACGGCUAAAGAGCUGGGUCUUGUCCAACAUACUUAUCCCAUCACUGAUUUGCAGCGCAAGUACCGCUAUCUUAGAGAUCUGCCCUUGCAUGAUAUCAAUCAAGCCCAACCAUUAGUGCUUAUUGGAUCAGACUAUCCACAUUUGAUCACGCCUGUGGAGCCAGUGAGAUUGGGGCCUAAAGGAGGACCAGCAGCUGUGCAUACAAGGCUUGGGUGGACGUUGCAAGGUCCAUCCAGGUUCCUUUCUCCUCGUCUUCAGCCGCAGGAGUGUCUCUUUGUUUCUUGUGUGACACCAGAUUCUGAACUCUUUAACCAGGUUGAAAGGCUGUGGAAACUGGACGUUCUGCCUUACCGGUCUGACAAGAUAGUCACACGCUCACGACAAGAUGCAGAAGCCCUCCGCAUUCUGGAAGAGAAGACCAUCAGAAUUAAUGUGGAUGGAGUAAAUCGAUACGCUACCCCAUUACUCUGGAAAGAGUCACUUCCCCCAUUGAAUGCACCGAAGGAAGCUGUAAUGGCUCUCCUAUGUAGUACAGAGAGACGACUAUCCAGAGAGCCACAAAUGGCCACUAAUUACAAUGCUGAAAUUCAGAAGUUGCUGCAGGCAGGCUAUGUCACCCCACUAUCAUCUGAGGAGUGUGGAUUGAGUCCUCAUUCAUGGUACAUACCACACCAUAUGGUCCAUCAUAAUGGUAAGGACCGUAUUGUAUUCAAUUGCUCCUUCGAGUUCCAAGGCCAGUCUCUAAAUGAGUACCUCUUACCUGGGCCUACUCUUGGGGCAAGCUUGUUGGGAGUUCUCCUCCGCUUCAGGGAGCACCCUGUAGCUGUCUGUAGCGACGUGAGAGGAAUGUUAGACCAUAUCAGAAGGAGGAAGGUGAAACCACCAUGCGCAAGAUCUACCGCACACUUGCAAAGCAAUAUGAUCCCCUUGGGUAUUUGAUCCCUUUCACUACAAGGGCUAAGAUCAUUGUGCAGCUGCUCUGGGACAAGAAACGUGGCUGGGAUGAUCCUUGCCUCCCUGCUGAUUUACUUGCCGCUUGGCAGCAGUGGGAGAGUGAGCUCCCUCAGUUGUCCCAGAUCUCUCAGCCAAGAUGCUACAGCUCCAGCAUCCAGCAUGCAAUCAAGAGUCGCAGCGUUCAUGUAUUCUGCGAUGCAUCUGAGAGAGCCUAUGGCUCUGUAGCAUACCUGAGUACUGAGGAUGUUCAAGACAAUAUUCAGGUAGCUUUCUUGGCUGCAAGAUCCAGAGUCGCUCCAAAAAAGCAGCUCUCCAUCUCACGCUUAGAACUUUGUGCUGCACUGACAGGCGCGCAGCUGGGUGCUGUAUUAAAGAAAGAGCUGACUUUAGACAUCCACAACUUUGUGUUUUGGACUGAUUCUACCACGGUCCUUGCAUGGCUGCAAUCUGAUUCUUGCAGGUACAAAGUAUUUGUGGGAGUCAGAGUCACUGAAAUACAAGAGCUGUCUGACCCAAAAUUCUGGCGCUAUGUUGAUUCAUCUAAUAAUCCGGCCGAUGACAUCACACGAGGUUUGACACUGAAACAAUUGGUUCAAGACACUCGCUGGAGGCAGGGUCCAGCCUUCUUGACACAACCCAAGUGCAACUGGCCGAAGGCACCUGAAUGUCAAACCCCUGAUGAUAUUCAGGAGCUCAAGAAACCCGUAUUCUGUGGGUUACUUCACGAGACUGCAACACCUGUCAUUCCAGACAUCAAUCAAUUUAGUAGCUAUCAAGAGCUUCUAGAAGCCACAGUGCGGUCCCUGCAUGGGGCGGCUAGCAGUAGAGAACCGGCAGACGCAGAUGACUACCAUGAUGCAGAAUUGACUCUUCUGCGACAUUGCCAAUUGCAAGACUUCCCUGAAGAGUUUGCCUUACUCAAGGAAGGAAAGACUCCCCCCACCAGCAGUCGACUCACAGGACUUGCACCUGAGCAUGACAAAGAUUUCAACCUGAUCAGAGUGGGUGGCAGACUUAGAAGAUGUGACAGCCUGGUCAAAGAUGUUUUACAUCCUGUGGUCUUAUCUCCGACUCAUCCGGUUGUGAAACUCCUUAUUAAGCACUAUGACACCCAGUUACGUCAUCCAGGACCUGGAAGGGUGUAUGCUGAGCUACGGCAAAAGUUCUGGAUUUUACGGGGGAGAGAAGCAGUGAAGAAACAUCAGCGCUACUGUCCUGAGUGCCAAAGGUGGAGAGGCCGACCAGAAAUUCCAAGGAUGUCAGACAUUCCACCUUCUAGCCUUAGGUUAUUCAAACCUCCCUUUUUCUCUACUGGGGUCGAUUGUUUUGGUCCCUUCACAAUAAAAGUGGGUCGCCGCACAGAGAAAAGGUGGGGUAUUCUCUAUAAGUGCCUCACCACUCGAGCGGUCCAUCUUGAUCUUCUGGACCAUAUGGAUGCUGAUUCAUUCUUGUUGUCCCUUAGACGCUUUAUCUCACGUAGAGGAAAGCCCUAUGAGCUUCUGUCUGAUCAAGGAACCAAUUUCAGAGGAGGGAGUAGAGAAAUGGAAGAGGCUUUCAAUCAGAUGCAACCCACCCUCCGAGAUCAGCUGGCCAAAGAACAGAUCAGGUUCCGCUUUAAUCCUCCCAGUGCACCUCACUUCGGGGGGUCAUGGGAAAGAGAGGUGAGGUCUGUGAAGACAGCCCUACGGACCACACUGGGCGCCCAGAUUGUCACUGAGGAGGUUUUGAGGACAGUCUUAAUAGAGAUCGAAGGCAUCUUAAAUUCAAGACCUUUGGGUUAUGUCUCUGGUGAUGUGGCCGAUCCAGAUCCUGUAACUCCAAACUCAUUGCUUAUGGGGCGGCCUGACUCCUCACUACCUCAGAUAGUUUAUCCUGAAUCUGAUCUGCUUAGUCGAAAAAGGUGGAGACACAGUCAGAUUCUCAGUGAUCACUUCUGGAAGCAUUACGUUCAUGACUUUCUGCCCACAUUACAGGCCCGUCAGAAAUGGAACAGAGAGAGAGAGAACAUUACAGUUGGAACUGUAGUCCUUAUAGUUGAUGAGCAGUUACCAAGAGCACUCUGGCAAGUGGGUACUGUUUCAUCAAUCCUUCCUAGCUCUGAUGGUAGAGUCAGAACAGCUGUCGUUAAAGUGAAGGAUCAUACUUACACUCGACCAGUUGCUAGAUUGAUUAGAUUACCCGCUUUACCGCAGGACACAGAUGACACACAGAAGUAGAUAUACUACAGGCAAAUUUGUCCACCAAAUUUGGGGGCGGCUGUAAAAAAGCCCAUGUUCAGUUUGUAUUCUUUUCUUAUAAGGGCUGUACAGCUGUUAUGUUGGUCAUUGAUUUGAAUGAGAGGGCGUGGCUUGUUUGGCGGUCGCACGAGAGCGGAUUAGUUUCAAUGCGUGAUCAGCAGAGUGAAAGCAUAGGUCCUGCAGUCUUCUCUGAAAAGCAGCAAAAUUAUGCAAAUGAAGAUCUUUUCUGUAGCGACUUCACUUUGUGAACUGCAGGGAGAAUAUUUGUGAUCUCGAUUGGCAGUGGAUGAUGCUUAAUUGUCUCAGACUUCUCGUUGAAGUUUCCUUCAUGACGAUUCUGGAAUAACCACAUUUAGAGUCAUAUACAGCAACGGGAUAAAUCAAUAAAGCACAUCAUAGACUUUGCAAUCUUCAUCGCCGACGAUACAUCGUGCAUCAGGGCACCUGAGACUGCAGCUUAACGACCAGCUUCACAUCGCUAUCCUGACAUCUGAGCGCCUUAAAGAACUGCAGAGACCAACACGGACUGUUGCACUCAUUGUUUUCACUACAUAUUUGUGAAACCAGCCUCCAUCUGUAUCCUUGAAAUCCAAAUCUGUUAAAUAAUUCAGUUUAUUAUUUUGCGUAGGCCUACGCUCUUUAUAUGUAUGUUUUAUUUGCUAUUUUGUGAUCUAUUUUGAUGGUGAAUAUGUACACAGUGUAUUUGAUUAUUGAUAUUCAACAUCUUAAAGAGUAAAUUAGUACAAUUUAGUA